GGGGGCCCGGCGCGGCGGGGCGCGCCUGCGGGGCCAUGAGGGCGGGCUCCGGCCAUGGCCCAUGGCAGCGCGGCGGUCAUGCUGAAGUGCGUGGUGGUGGGGGACGGCGCCGUGGGCAAGACGUGCCUGCUGAUGAGCUACGCCAACGACGCCUUCCCCGAGGAGUACGUGCCCACCGUCUUCGACCACUACGCAGUCAGCGUUACCGUCGGGGGCAAGCAGUACCUGCUGGGGCUGUACGACACCGCCGGACAGGAAGACUAUGACCGUCUGAGACCUUUAUCUUAUCCCAUGACCGAUGUCUUCCUUAUCUGCUUCUCAGUGGUAAACCCUGCUUCAUUUCAAAAUGUGAAGGAAGAGUGGGUACCGGAGUUGAAGGAAUAUGCACCUAAUGUUCCCUUUUUACUAGUAGGAACACAGAUUGAUCUUCGCGAUGACCCAAAAACUCUGGCAAGACUGAAUGACAUGAAAGAGAAGCCCAUAUCUGUGGAGCAAGGACAGAAGUUAGCGAAAGAGAUAGGAGCCUACUGCUAUGUGGAGUGUUCAGCUUUAACACAGAAAGGACUGAAGACCGUUUUUGAUGAAGCUAUUAUAGCCAUUCUAACUCCAAAGAAACACACAGUGAAGAAAAGAAUAGGCUCAAGAUGCAUAAACUGCUGUUUGAUCACGUGAGAUACAUUUGACAAUGGCCAGGCUUACUGUGAAAUUCUACGGAAUUUAAAUACAAUGCAUUAAAUACACAGCGAACUUAUUACAAGUUUGAAAGCUGAAACCAUGAUUCUGCCUUCUACAGCUGGUGAAUUCCACAGGAAUAAAAUCAAACGCAAUGAACUUGUAAUAAGAAGCCACCACAUCUGUUAGAAAUAUUUUAUUCAGACUGGAAGGUACAAUCUCUCAGGGUUACAUAGUCUAGAGGAAGCAAAAACUGCACCAUGUUGAAAUGGCAUCUAUAUGAUUUUGAGUGGAGAUGCUUGGCCUGAAAUACUCUGAUUUAAUUUGGAUAGUCUUCUGCUUUGACUAUACAUAUAUAUAUAUCUUAUAAAAACAACAACUUUUGCACAGUCUGUAUGGAAUCUGCACAAAGAAAUACCUUGUCUCUCUUUGCUCCAGUUAUCUGCUUUUAUAUGUAAGCUGCUUCCGGUUCCAGUGUAUCCACAGAGGUGCAAUAAUCAGACCAGCCACAUAGCCAAAGGUCGCUCCGAGGGAACAGGAGAUGGGCCAUACCUGAGGGGAGAACACAAGGUAAAAGCAGACGACAAGGAGAGCCUUUGUGGUUUUUUGUACGUCGUGAGCACAAAUUCUCAGUGUAAGCUAGGUACUGAAAGACAGUAGCGUCUUAUUCUACUUUAAAGCUUGACAUGCUUUCCAAAUAAUGCCAAAAAGUGUAACAAUCAUCUUUGUGGACACUAAAUGCUGUUGUACAGUUUUUAAUUAAUAUGCAUUAAAAUGUAACCAGGCUUCUGGCUAUUGCAGACUUCAGUUUGAUAUUCCCAAAACUAUGUGAAAAACAUUACAGUAUUUAUAUCCCCCAAAGUGUUCAGCUAAGCUGACUUUCUGUUCCACUGCACACAUUUGGAAACCUACAGAUGGUGAUUUCUCCUUCCAGUCUCUCAUGGUGUUCUGAAACUUUUAGAGGUGUGUAUAAAUGAACUAAUAUUCAAAUAAGGCCAGAGACUGAGAUGGAUAGAAGGUUUUUCUUUUUUUUUGUCUUGAAAAGUAGGCAAAGGGAUCAAUUUCCCUCUGGCUGGCAGUAGGGAGGGAACAUAAAUUUUGAAACUUACUGAACAUCUUGCCCCCAGUUCAGCAAACAUGUAGUAAGCCAGUUAUGUUAAAGUGAGCUUUAAUGAUAAACUCUACUUCCUAGUAUAAGAACAGGGAAGCCGACUCAAUACAGCUGACUCACUUUCACAAACCAUCUAGUACUGAGGCAAAGAAGUAAUGGGAUACCCCCCUCCUUUUUUUUUAAUUGGUAUUGAUUUGCAGGGAGGAGUGGUCAAAACAUAACCGGUCUGUCCUCAGAUGUAGCUUAUAUUACCAGUCAACUACAUACGGCAUUUGAUGGAAGCCUCAGUUGUGCUGGUGAUUAAAAAUAUUUGUUGUAGAAUAAACUGAAUUCCCAUUCCCCUUCAAAAUUUUCCUUUUUUUUUUUUUAAUUUUUAAAUUAAGGGGGAUAUUUCCACCUUCUGUAGUACUUGAGACUGAGAAAUGCACUAGGCAUUAUUAAAGAAAAUAUCCACUUCUCAGUGUCCAGCCUUCUUUUCUACUUUUGGUUUGCAAUUCAUGAAUAUCAAAUGAACUUAAUGGCACUAAUUCCUCCUUUCAUUCAUUAUUCUAGCUCUGAUUCUCUGUACUUCAUUAUCGCUUGGAAAAAUAUAUUUAUUCACAUCCUUUGAUCACAGAAAUUUUAACUAGGAAUAAGAGUAAUGUAUUUUAUCCUCAGCUGUUUCAUCUUCACAUUCCUUAGCAUUUGCAGUUUUAUAUAUUAUUUGGAGGUCUUAAGGAGUGUAGCAAAGAUGACUGUAAGCAAGGUGCCUUAGGUACUCUUUAUUGACCUUGUUUCAUUCUUCCAUUUCUGGACAUCCUGUCUCUGCGAUUUCUUUUUGUUGCUGAAUAUUUUGGCUGUUGCCUCUCAAACCAAAGACUUGCUUGUUUUCAUUCAUUUAACAGUGGUAUUAUAGAUCUUCUAUAAAAAGCCUUGAGAUGCUUUGGUAUGGUAAGAUAUUAUGUAUAUUUAAAACUCACAUGAGUUUGUGGCCUUGGCUAAACUUACACUUCAGGUGGAUUUUUUCAGCUUUUCAAUGAAAUGUAAUUAAGUUAUUUCUAGCAUUUUGCUUAUUACACAUGUCUAAAGGACAAAACAAUAAAAAAGCCCCUGCAACCCCAGCUGUUCACUCAGUAACAUUCAGUUGCAACAGGAGUCCUACUUUCUUAUCCACUGAUGAAGUCAAAUACCACUCUAAUACCCAGAAAAGUAUGGGCAGAGACUUCAUAACUCAGUAGUCUUUUUACAUCGAAUUCUCUGAGUGAUCAAUUAUCCUUCAUUAAACUUUACCUACAUUAGGUGAAUCUGUAGUUGCCCAUUUGCUUUUCAGAAGUAUAGGUAGACAUCGGAUGCCAAAUUUUUCAUGUUCUCUUUACUAGAGAGUCAAUAUCCCUGAUGACCCAUUGACCCUGUAUCCUUUGCUAUUUUGUGUAUAGUGGGCAAUUGUUGGUAUGAUUAAAAUGAUCUCUGACUGUUGUAGCUUCUUUUACCUGAUUGAACUACAACUUGGAACAUGAUUUUUCAACAGUUAUGUAAAUGUUAGUAUUAAUUAUGCCUCUGUCUGUCUUUCAAAUAUUCAAUUUUUGCUUUGCUUUUUAAAAAUCAUUGUUACCUUACAGAAAUUUCACGCUGUCUCAAACAAAUGAGUCUCUGACCUCUGCAAUCUAACCCUCACCAGCGGCAGCUGGCCAAGACGGGGCAAAGGGAAGAAACUGUAAAACACUCUAUGAAUGAGACAGAAUAUAAGCACCACCUCAUCCCUUCUAGUGGCAUAGAAGUAGGCCAGGUACUUGUUCUUGUUAUGCUGGUCAGAUGGCCCAAAACAGUUCUGAAGGCAGUUUGAUUGGCCUUUUGAAAACUCCAUAACUAUAGGAGUUAAAAGCCUGGACUUAAGAGCGUUGCUGUCCUUAUGCUAUUUUCUCUAACCCUCAAGGCAGGGCAAAAAAAACCUCUAACAAAUGAGUAAUUAUACUAGUUCUGCACCUUUUAUUCUUGACUGCUGGCCUUUAAGCUACAUACAGCCAGAUGCACCCAUGGGUAUAUCUAAAGCUGCAAGUUAUCAAAGAUUACAGAUUAAGAUGUGGCUCUUAAGCACAUCAGCUCCACUAAAAUAACAGCCCUUGCAUAUGCUUUUUGUCUGUCUAUGAAAGUGGGUUGCUUUAUUUUGCAUUAGCUGCUGGCCUCAUUUUUCUGAGACCAAAUCACUUUCCACUGGACCUUUUAAAAUGAAUUUGACUUGCUUGAUUGGUCUGCUUUUGCCCUGUCUUUUAUGUUAUCUCUUAAACUUGGUUUACCUUCCCUGACUUGGUAUGAACUGCCCCUAAGUGAUAAAAAUCUAAGCAGCUAAUAUCAAUUGUCUGCCUGUUCUAAGAGAUUGCAUUCUGCUUGUCUGAAGUAUGCAACUUGUAAUAUACUCCUCGUCCCCUGAGAACUAUUUAGCGCAGUUUCUCCUACUUUAUGCUGAGGAAGCUGACAUAUCCUACCCCAGUACUGAUGUCAUGUCUAGGCUGGGUCAGCAGCAGAGGAAUAAGAUGUUGGGCAACAUCAUUUAACUGCACUUUUUUUGAGGGGGAAGAAGGAUCUGGAGAGAAAAGUGUUGGGAACGCAGGAGACAGGACAGAACAUUCUUCAGGAAACUGUCAUGAAAUGCCCUGUUUGUCCCAGCAGCUGGGAAGCAUCAGGUACCAUCCUCACACCCUGAUACAAGAAGAGUUAGCUUACAUAUCAAAAGCACGCAGAAAAAGGCACUUUUAACAACCUGUAUAUGAUUACUAGGAAUCUGAACAGCGGCUUGGCAAAAACAAAUCUCCCCCUACGUGCUUAACAAGCACAAAAAUGGUAUUUUAAGGGACAGAGCAUGACCAGUGGUUAAUGCAAAAUGAUCCUGACUUCUGCUAUUUGUUUAAAUUUUCUUUUUGCCUGGCAGCAUUUGUUAGGACUUAAGAGAGAUUUCUUUAGGCUUGCUGAACAGUCACUGCAGAACUGCAAGUUUUCUAGUAUAUAUUAGAACUCAUUUUAAGAAUAAGGACUUGAAAUAGGAAUUGCUAACCUUUCAGGACACAGAGGAGCUAGUUUCCUCAGCGCUCUUUAGAACACCUAUGAAGUGAUGUGAGAAUGCUUAUUAGCAUGUUGCACAGAAAGCAGAGCAUGUUGCAGGAUCCCAGCAAGGCAUCUGGCUCUGCUGUACUAUGCAUGUAGCUCGUUAAACCAGAAUUCUGGUUGCAUGACAGUUUUGUCAUUUAUUACAAGUCUGUAACUUGCGUCCCAUGCAGUGGGAAUUACAUAGACAUUGAUAAGGACAUAAAGGCCAGAUUCUUAUAGGUCAAAGGAGCAACACCCUAAUAAAGGUUUUAAGGAUCCUAUUAAGUUAGCAGCUGACUGCUGGAAGUUUAAUUAUACAAAUGCAAGUACAGUGAGGCAAUCUCCUGUAAUUACUUUUUUCCUAGUAAACUGGUCUCCUCCUUUAGAUUAGUACUUUUUCAUAUUCCUAAACCUGAUUUUUUUGGUAUGCUUACUAUUUCAAAAGACCCAUUUCUGACUGUCAAUUAGAAAGCUAUGUAAUAGUUUUUGUUUCACUUUAAAACUGAAUAAAUGAGCACAAUUACUUUCCCUCCCUGUUUCUAACAUGCCUUAAAUUCCUGUUUAGUCUGUACUGUGUUAAAAAUUUCAGUACAUGCCUUUAAUCUAUUUUGGUUGCAUGCACAUGUUAACUAAAAGUGUCUUAUCACAUUGUACAGAAUGUGUGUGUUGACAAGCACAUGCUGAGGAGAAGAAAGUGUGAGUUUUUCAGGCUGGCAUUUGUAACUAGAAGUUGGUUUUGUGGAUUUGUGAUCUAAAGUUAUAGCAAGCAUAACUGCCUUUGAUCUCACCAUGAAGGUUUACAUUAAGAAAACAUAUCAUUAAAUAAACAAUGAUAACCACACUAACGUGGAACAAGCUUCUACCUCUGUUUAAAAAGACUCAAACACUAGAUACUAUCCCUUCUACUCAUGUAAAGCAACUUCUUUUACAACAGAACUUUCACAGUAGGUAGUAGAUCCGAAAGCAAAUACCAGAAAGAAGGAAACACUCUGAGGUGUGUGAGGAAUAAAUAGUGUGAAAGUUUAUAGUCCUAUUUCAACUUACUUGAGUAACUACCAAGAACUAUACCCAAGAUUAUCCAGAUUAUUUUUCUGGUUACAAAAGUCUGAGAGGUAUCUCUGCUAAUAUUUACAGUCAUAUUGGCUAAAUCACAUGGCAGUCAAUCAACUCAUUUGAGUUAUAUCAGCACUAUCUAUUAUGUUUGCAGCAUUCAGUAUAAAGUGGGAAUACAUCAAUUUCACUUUUUCCUAAUGAUAUGAAAACAACGUAAGCAGAAUAUUGUUUCAAAGUUACUUUUUAUCGUUAGUUACAGGUACUACAGAUCAAAAUUAUGCUACAAAAUACCCCAAAACAAACGGAUGGGCAGGCAUGCACACAGUAAACCCAGGAACAUGUUUGAAAAGUCUAUUAUCAAAACAUGGAAUAAACCCAGGAACUUCACAAUUUCCAAAAGUCAUUGCUGUCAAAGGUGAAUGGGGUGUCUGGAAUACUAGUUCCACCGCCUAGAAAGGAUGCUGAUAAGGUUUUGCUCUUUAAUUAUACCAUCUUGUUCUGCAACUCAGGUACCUCAGGCUAAGCAGAGAAAGGAUGUGUCACAAUGUGUCUACUAACACCCUAGCGAUCCUGUUCUGUUUCAGUGGGGGUGUGCUUUAAGGUGCCACUUCUCAGAUGACACAUGAAGCCAGGAUCCUAAUCACAUGCGGUGAUUAAAAGUACACCACCAACUUGAAAUAGGCAUUCCGAAAAAAAUCGAGCAACCGUGACAAAAGAAGUUAGUUUCUAUUUUUUUGCUACAACUGCCAUAACUCACCAUAAUCCUUGCAGACCCACUGCACAUCAGAGGGCUAGAGGCAACAAGAAGUGGAUGUGCAAUUCCUUCGUCUUUUGAACAUCACCUAGAAUAGCUUUAUUUAAAUGGCCAUAAUUAAGUGCUGAAAACUAUUUUAAAAAUUGUUUAAGAAUUAGAUAGUAAUCUCAAAACAUUGGCAAAUUUAUUCUACCAGUCUGACACUUGAAAAACAUUAAUAUCUUGCAGAUAAGAUAUUAAUAUCUUACAGAGUAAGUCUUGAAAAGUUUGGGUGUGUUUGUUUGUUUCUAAAGACAGCAAUUUAAAUACUGUAGGGACUAACCUGCAUUCCUGUAAGGCAACUACCUUAACCUUUGAGAUAAGCUUAACUCUGCAGACCUACAGCCAGGAACAAGCACAGAGCAGGCCUCCCAGACCAACUGUUCUGUGUAGUUACAAAAUAAAUUUUUCUGAAGACUAGCAGAGUGGCAAUAGGCAUGGCCAAAUUGUGUUAAAAAGUGACUUGAAGAACAACAGAAUAAUGAAAAACAAUCAUCAAGAUACCAACUGACUUUCAGCAAUACAUUUUAUACUUCUAACAGAAAUGCUUUAUGUAUUUUUCAUUUCCAUUCUGAAACAUUAUUCAGAUAAUUAAUGUCAUUUUAUUUCCAAACCAACAUUCUGUUCCUAUUAAGUAAUAUUUACUUAGCGUAAAAAUUGUUGUAUGCUAAAAAAAUGCAUUUUACAUUAUUUUAAGUGUAGACAGGCCCACUAAUCUGAGUAUCCCCUGUAUGCAAUAUUUUUCAAACGUAAACAUGGAAAAUAAAGUUAAGAUUUUCUGAGA